UACUUCAUGUCAGAUGUCACGUUGUUUCCCUCAUCAAAAGUCAGCUUCCGUCACAGAGAUUAUUGAUUUUUCUGUGUUUUAACUAAAAUUAACGUAGCAACGUUACAUUUCUUGAAACCACCAAGUAUUUUUUAACGAAUAUAAUGGGCAAAAAAGGUGUUGUCUCGUUUGUGAAAGAUUUCUAUUACGAUCCUUUCAAGUGGUCACUUGUAAAGAGCGUGGGCAUAUUCACAGUCGGCGUAGUGAUCGCGAGCGAGUGCUCCGGGCUAGAGAUAAUGCCGGCAAUGCCGCAAUAAACACAUCAUAACACCAAUCAAUUCUAUUCUCCUAAGUUUAAGAAUUAUACAUUAAAAGAUGUUAAAUUAUUUAUUGUUGUUUUCGCUCCUUGGAGUUUGUGCGUGUCAAAAAAGGCCGAAUAUAGUUCUGGUGUUGACAGACGAUCAGGAUGUUGUGUUGGGUGGAAUGACGCCCAUGAAGAACGUGCAGCGGUUUAUUGCUGACGAAGGCGUCACGUUUACUAAUUCGUACGUAACCUCCCCAAUAUGCUGUCCGAGCCGCGCCAGCCUACUAUCAGGCCUGUACCAGCACAACCACAGGACGGUCACCAAUAGCGAGCUCGGGGGCUGCAAUGGAAUGUUCUGGAGGGAAGCCGUGCAGAAUGUCACCUUCGGGAACUUCCUCAAAGAGGCGGGGUACAAGACUUUCUAUGCUGGCAAGUAUUUGAAUCAGUACGGUACUAAAGAGACGGGUGGUCCAGAAGCAGUGCCGCCCGGCUGGACGGAGUGGCACGGCCUGGUCGGCAACUCGGUCUACUACAACUACACCAUAUCCAACAACGGAGUGCCCACCGUCUCCACUGACCAGUACCUCACUGAUGUUAUUCGGGAGUUAGGAGUGAGCUACAUAGAGAACCAGACGUAUCAGGACUCCUUCCUCAUGGUGUUGGCUCCACCAGCCCCCCACCAGCCCUUUACUCCAGCACCUCGACACGAAGGGAAGUUCUGCAAUGUUACCGCUGUUCGACAUCCAAACUUUAAUGUUCCUGCUGAGGACAAACACUGGCUAAUGCGAAUGCCUCCCUCUCCCCUCCCGGAGUCUAUGCUACCGGAGUUGGACCGCGUCUACCGGUCUCGCUGGGAGAGUCUACUGGCGGUAGACGAAAUGGUAGCCGACGUGGUGGGAGCGUUGGAAAAACAGGCGCUAUUGAGUAAUACCUACAUCAUCUACACGUCUGAUAAUGGAUAUCAUGUUGGUCAAUUCUCCCAAGUUUACGACAAGCGUCAGCCGUAUGAAUCAGACACGAAGGUGCCCCUCCUCAUCAGAGGUCCAGGCAUCACUCCCAACUCCUCAAACUCAGCCCCAGUCCUGAACGUGGACCUGGCUCCCACUAUACUGCAGCUUGCUGGGAUACAGCCUCCGGAGCAUAUGGAUGGAAAACCUAUUAACCUGGUUGGAGAAAGCGAGGUCCCAGUAGAAAGGUAUUUGCUGGUGGAGUAUCACGGCGAGGGUCGCGACGGCUCCGUGGCUGAGUCGUGUCCCUGGAAGUAUGAUGGCAACCGACUCGCGAAAAGUCACGAUAUUGGCAGAGUGUCUGGAUUUGUGAUCGAUUUAUUUUAUUAUGGGAUACCGGUAGACGAGGAGACAGAUGACCUGUUGGAGUGCUACCCCGAGUACCUGUGCAAGUGCCAGGACGCUCGCAACAACACGUACGCGUGUCUGCACCACUUCGCCAACAGAAUCAACAUGAAGUACUGCGAGUUUGCUGAUCAAGAGGAAUUCGUAGAGAUAUACGACCUGAACCGCGACCCGUACGAGCUCCACAACUCAGUGAACCAAGUGUUCCCGGCGACGCGCCACUGGUACAGCUUCAUACUGUCGCGCAUGCAGGCCUGCGCCGGCGCACGCAGCUGCGACAACCCACUCAAUGUCGUUUAGUGUGUAAAUACAUGCAUUUUAUUUAGUCAA